AUAAUUUCUUAAGCUUUUAUAAAACAUUUAGUUUAAUUAGUUUUUAGUAUUUAUUAGCUUACAAAUAAAAAAAAGGAAAACAAUUUUCGGUCGAAUUUUAUACGCAUAUUUUUUAUACAAUUUACAUAUUAAAUAUUUUAAAUGGAAAAAUAUUUUCGUUUCAAAUAAGACUUAUAAAAAUAAUGCAAAUCAAAGUUAACAAUAGUUUUUGAAGAAGAAAGGAACCAAUAUGAGCAAACCAAGAUAUAAAAAUAAAAAAGAACUCCAAGAAAAUAUGGAAGAUACUCCUGCAAAUGGCCAUUUAAGUGCAUCCACUUGUAUAACGCAUUUAAUUUUAGCAGGAACUUCAGCUUGGACAUUAAAAUACUGUAAUGCGGAGUACCCAUUUUCAUUUGCCUCAUAUAUUAUGCUUUUUGGUCACUCAUUAAUUGGCGCAGCUUACUAUGGACAUCCACAACCAUGUGAUUCAGUUAGAAAAAUUUGCAAAAUUAGCACAAUUUUAGUUGAAUCUUGCUCUGUACCUUUUUUGACUUCACAACUUUUAUUAUUAAAAAAUGGUUACGGAAAUAUGCCUAAUUUGUUAUGUAUACCAGCAUUAACAGCAGCAAUACCAAUAGUAUGGAGUUUUUUCAAGGGAGACAGUUUUCAUAUAAUGAUAGAUAUUAUUGUGGGAUUUAAUUUAUGUGUCUUACUUUAUUUGGCGGUGCAAUAUGAUAGUCCUUGGGCAUAUGGACUUUUUACAUUGGGAGUGCUCAAUCAAUAUGUUUUUAGUCAGAUAUGCGAGAAAUAUGAAGUGCCAAGGAUGGAUUUAAUUGCAGUCGGUUUGACUUUCUUUUGUAUAUUUAGUAUAAAUACACUGUACGACGCAAUUAUAUAAUAGAAAAUGUUUUGCUAAGUUUGAUUCUAGUUAUUAGUUUUAAAAAAAAACUUCUGUGCAAUAUAUACAAACAUUUAAACGUGUUCUAAGUAAACCCAGUAAUAUGUCAGUAAUCUCAAACUACAUCAAAUAUUUUGACUUAAAAUUUAUAAUUUUGUUUUUAUAUACUUAUACAUAUUAGCAUUAUUAUACAAAUGUAAAAUAUUUAUUAUAAUGUACAGUGGUACAAUUAAUAAGUCCAUAUUUAUUCAAUUUUGUAUGUAUUUUAAUUGAUGGACAGUAAAAAUUAUCUCAAAAUUUACA